AUGGACAUCGACGACAUCCUCGCCUCGGUCGACCGCGGUGCCGGCGCCAGCCCGGAGUCUGCCGCGCUGGACCACCAGCUCCUCACGCGGUUCUGGGUGGCAGAGCGCGCGGUGUCGGAAGUGCUGCCGUGGCCGGUGCCACUGAUGGAGCGGAUGAUGGAGCGGGUGCGGAGACAGAUCGAAACAAUCGAAGACCUAGCCGCCUCCUCCGCAGACACAGACUCCAGCAUCACUACCACCACCACGCACAACCCCAACCUCAACCUCCGCCUCUCAAUCCUGCAAACCGACCUCGCGCGCACCCAAUACCUCCUCCGAAGUCUCCUCCGCCAACGUCUCUCAAAACUCUCAAAACACAGCAUGCACUACCUCGUCCAACUAGCCUCGCGCAACAAAAACCCACUCCUAGCCUCUUCUUCUUCCCAACCCACGCAAACCACAACUUCUUCUUCACAAGCAUCCACCCAAAACCUCCACCCCCAAGACUCCGUCCCCGACAUCUCUGCCGUCUCCGACCCAACCCCGCUCUCCCAGCCCGAAGCCGCCUUCCUGCACGCGCACCAGUCGCUGCUGGCGGGGCACUACGCGGGCUCGUUUCUGGGCGCGUUUCCGCGCCAGUUAAGGCGGCUGGAUGAUAAUGCUGGUGGCACGAGUAUGAUCCAGGCGCCUGAGACUAGGGAGGUUGUUUUUGUGCGGUGUCUUGGGGUGGAGGUGCCUGUUGCUGUUGGGACUGCUGAUGCUGAUGGGAUGGAGGAUGAUGACGAAGAGGAGAUUGGCGUUACUAUGCGUAUGGGUGAUGUCUGGGUUGUGCGGUGGGAGGGGUGUGAGAGCGAGCUCCAGCUAUGCAGUCCAGUCCCCCCAUUCCACGCCUAA